UUUUUCUCCGCCUCUUAUAUCCAUGUUAUAGUGGCGCCCGAUGCCAUCAGCCAUCAUGUGAAAACGUGCCGUGAUAAUCUGAAGCAGUUGCAUUACAUAGCACCAGAAUACGAAUAUCUGACUGAAGUCACCCCUGCCGCGGACAUUUACUCAUUUGGUGUUUGUGCCCUAGAGAUAGCAGCACCGGGUGGCUUGGCCAGCUAUCAGAAUGGAGCUGGAGAAGGAGAAAAAGCGAAAGAAGGGCCCAUCAAUCCGGAAUGCUUGGAUAAAGCAUUAGAAGCACUGCAAGAUGAAGGCCAGCGGGACUUCAUACGGUUGUGUCUUCAAAAAGAUCCGACGAAGAGACCAACAGCGCGAGAACUGCUGUUUCAUCCGGUGUUGUUCGAGGUAAGCAAUUGAUU